AUGGAUAAAGACAGUGCAGAUGAAAAGUUUUGCUUAGAUACUUUGUCAGACUAUAACAGUUAUUCAGAAAGUGACAGUGAUGGUGAUAGUAGUGAUUCUUCUAUAAACACUCGAAAGCCGCGGAAAUUAUUGCCACUGCAAUAUAGCGAUUCAGAAAGUGAUAAUGAUGACACCGCUGAAGUAAACAUCGAUACAUGGUCAACAAAUGACAAAUCAAUUAUUUUGGAACCUUUCGAAGGCAGCCCAGGUAUAAAAAUUCUACCAAAAUCUGAAGAAAGUGUAAUGGACAUAGUGAAUUUAUUUAUUGGAGAUGACCUUUUGGAACAUUUGGUUAAAGAAUCGAAUAGAUAUCACUAUCAAGUAAUCAAUAAAUAUAAAAAUAUCUCAAGGACGAAGAAAUGGGUGGAUAUUACGUUGCCAGAAAUGAAAAAUUUUUUAGGUCUAAUUGUUCUAAUGGGACAAGUAAAAAAAGAGAAACUUCACGAUUACUGGUCAACUGAGCCAAGCAUCGAAACUCCGUUUUUUUCGAAAGUAAUGAGCAGAAGCAGAUUUAUGCAGAUACUGCAGAGCUGGCACUUUUGUAAUAAUGAAGAUAUACCCACAAAUUCAAACAGACUUGUAAAAGUUCAGCCAGUUAUGAAUUAUUUAAAGAAUAGAUUUAUUGAUGUAUAUAAACCUUAUCAACAAUUAUCAUUAGAUGAAUUCUGUGAAGCUCAUACGGAAUACAUUUGUAAUUUUGAAGUGUAUGCUUCCCAAGGAAUGAAAUUGGAAAACACUAUUCUAGAAGUUAUUGAUCCUUAUAAAAAUAUUUGGCAUCACAUUUAUCAGGACAAUUAUUAUAACAGUGUCCAUAUGGCUGAUGUUCUCCUGCAAAAUAAA